AUGAGUCGAAGAUACCUUUACUUAACAUACACUCAGUACGAACUUGAUAUAGCAGCAUAUUUGUUUUUAACUUCCGGUAAAAGUUCCUAUUCAUUCAAACGAGCCAAUAUGCGGCUUCCCAGUAUUAAAUCUGUUCAAAGGCAUAUUAGUAGACACACGAAUGAAACACAAGAAGGUGUUCUUAUGAUAAAUGCACUCCUCAAAUAUUUAGAUGCGCACAACUUUCCCAAAGUAGUAGCGUUAAGUGAAGAUGGAACAGCUAUUUCCCCUAACCCUGAAUAUUCCCUACGAACUGAUUCCGUUCGAGGGCUAGUUGCACCAUUCACUAGCAAUGGAAUGCCCAUUCGUGAAUGUUUUAGGGCUCACACAGCUGAAAAAAUGAUACAAGAUCUUGAAAAGUAUCCAGUUGGCGAGUAUCUUUAUGUUAUAAUGGCCACACCGAGGGUCGUUGGUGCUUCGUCUUUCUGUGUUUUAUAUAUGUGCAGUGAUAAUAAGUUUACUCAUGAAAACAUCAAACGUCGAUGGAAAUACGUAGAAAAUAACAUGAAAAAUGCUGGAAUAAAAGUAAUUAGUCACGCAUCUGAUGGUGAUCCACGUCUUCUGCGUGCAAUGAAGGAAAAAACAAGUCUUCCUCAUCCGGAUUCAAGUAAAUUAUAUGGAAGGUAUUUCAUAGCAAACAUGAACGAUAGCGUGGUUUGCAUACAAGAUACAGUCCAUUUAGUUAACAAACUUCGCCACUCACUAGUCAAUCCAAAAAAACAAAUGCUUCUAGGAACUUACGCCGUAUCUUCAAAUAUAAUAAGAAAAAUGAUAGAGCAAGGUGACAAGGUGAUACAUAAAAUGAACCCAUCUGACUUGAAUCCAGCAGAUAAAAUGAAAUUUGACCCAACUUUAAAAAUGAUGUCUCCAAACUUAAUUGAACAUCUUCUUGAAGUAGUCCCUGAGAGCAUGGGUACAGUUGUGUAUUUGAAGAUAAUGCGAAUGAUAUAUAUUUCUUUUUCUGAAGAAGAACUGUCACCAAAUGAGCGAAUAUGCACGAUAUGGACAGCGUUAUUUUUUCUUCGUGCUUGGCGGUGGCAAUGUUUGGAUGCAUCUAAUAGCAUUAAACAAUGCAUAACUUCGAAUGUAUACUGGUGUUUAGAAUUGAAUGCCCAUGGACUUGUUCAUUUCUUGAUAAAUUGUCGUAAAAAUAAUGCUCACGAACAAUUCAUUGUACAAAAUUUGUCCAGUCAACCAUGUGAGGCUUUAUUUCACGAGCUUCGUUCAAUGACCACUAUGAACCAUACUGCUGUAAACUUUACAAUGAAGGAUGUAGAACAACGAAUGCAGCGUGUGCAAAUGAAGUUACUGAUAGCGAAUCGAAGGAAAAAUGCAUUAGUUUUUCCAAGCAUAAAAAAGCAAGUCUCUAGAGCUAUGGCAUCUACUUCAUAUGACCUUCCAGAUGAUGACCAGAUAAAAGAAGCAAUCAGCAAAGCAGAGCAAAUAGCGAUCGAACUUCUCAUUUCCGUAGGGUUCGACCUGUUGCAUAUUCUGAUCGAAGCGAACAUCCUGAAUUCAGCAGAAGUCAUGGUAUUGUUGAAUGCUCAAGAAAUGUAUUCGGCGACACUGGAGGAGAAAUCGUUCUGA